AUGGCGGAGACGGCGACUUUCACUGCGCCUUUGCCGCAGAGCUUUGGAUAUGGAAUUAUUGUUGGAUUGGGCUUUGCUUUUGCACUACUGAUGAUCUUCAUCACCUGGGCUUUGAAGCGCUAUCAAAAUGAAGUACAAACGUCAGAAAUGUUCUCCACUGCUGGACGGUCAGUGAAAUCAGGGUUAGUUGCAGCUGCUGUUGUCAGUAGUUGGACUUGGGCUGCAACUCUUCUUCAAUCGACGGCUGUUGCAUACAAAUAUGGGGUUUCGGGUCCCUUCUUCUACGCUUCAGGUGCCUGUGUCCAAAUUAUCCUGUUCGCAACGUUGGCGAUCGAAUUGAAGCGCCGUGCACCGAAUGCACACACGUUCUUGGAGGUCAUCCGUGCUCGCUAUGGAACAACAGUUCACAUUGUGUUCAUUGUAUUCUGCCUGAUGACCAACAUUUUGGUUACUGCUAUGCUGCUCACCGGAGGAUCUGCCGUGAUGACUUCGUUGACAGGCGUGCCUACUGCCGCAGCAUGUUUCUUGCUUCCCAUUGGUGUGGUGCUCUACACCCUCUUUGGCGGUAUCAAGGCGACUUUCAUCACAGACUACAUGCACACUGUGGUCAUUCUCGUCGUCAUUUUCCUCUUCGCCUUCUCUGCUUACGCCACCAAUGCCGAGCUGGGAUCUCCAUCCAAGGUCUACGAAGCCCUGGUGGCGGCAUCUCAGCGCCACCCCGUUGAGGGUAACGCAGAGGGCAGCUACCUGACCAUGCGAUCCAAAGAAGGUGGUAUCUUCUGGAUCAUCAACCUAAUUGGAAACUUCGGUACCGUGUUCCUCGAUAACGGCUACUACAACAAGGCAAUUGCUGCAAGCCCCGUCCACGCAUUCCCCGGAUACGUGAUCGGCGGACUUUGCUGGUUCGCUAUUCCCUGGCUAUGCGCAACAACGAUGGGUCUCUCCGCGCUGGCCCUGGAAGGGACCCAGCGCAUGAGCUCAGAGGAUGUCACAGCAGGUCUGGUGCUUCCUUUUGCGGCCGUCAAACUUCUCGGAUACAGCGGAGCCGUUGCAACAACGCUAAUGAUCUUCAUGGCUGUAACAUCCGCCUUCUCAGCCCAGUUGAUCGCCGUCUCUUCAAUCUUCACCUACGACAUCUACGGAGCCUACAUCAACCCUAGCGCAAAAGGCAAGCGACUCGUCUGGGUCUCCCACAUGUCCUGCAUCGUCUACUCAAUCAUAAUGGCCGGUUUCGCAACAGGUCUCUACUACGCCGGCAUUGGCAUGGGAUACCUGUACCUCCUCAUGGGCGUCAUUAUCUCCUCGGCCGUCUUCCCAGGCGCCAUGACCCUCCUCUGGAAAGGACAGAACCACAUCGCAGCAGCACUCUCACCACCCCUAGGUCUAGCAGUUUCCCUCAUAGCCUGGCUAGUCACAACAAAGAAACAAUACGGCAUCCUCACCGUCGACACCACAGGCGCAAACUACCCCAUGCUAGCAGGCAAUGUCGCCGCCCUCCUCAGCCCCGUGGUCUUCGUCCCUGUCUUCACCUACAUCUUCGGUCCCCAGAACUACGACUACGAGUCUAUGCGCGCGAUCCGCAAAGUCGACGACAGUGAGGUCGCAGCAGCGGCACACGUGGAUAUCGAACUCGUCCCUGGCGAAGCAUCCAACAACCAAGACGAAGACGAGGAAGAAACUCGCCAGCUCAAUCGCUCUGCUUUGUAUGCGCGCACACUGACUAUCUUCAUGGCAUUCUCGUUCUUGAUUCUCUGGCCUAUUCCUAUGUACGGCUCGUCGUAUGUCUUCAGUCAGAAGUUCUUUACUGGUUGGGUUGUUGUGGGUAUCUUGUGGUUGUUUGUUACCACGUUUGGUGUUGUGCUUUUCCCGUUGUAUGAGGGACGAGCUAGCAUUACUCGUGUGGCGCGCAUGAUGUCGCUUGAUCUUAUUGGGAGGAAACCAAAGGUCUAUCGGGGUACCAAGGAGGCGGAUGAUGCUGCUACUCCGGGUGUUGCGACUCCGACUGAUGUCGAGAAGGAAAAGAAGACCAUGGAAAGAGAGGUCUGA